GAAUGCACGGUGCAUCCCUCGAUGGAGCAUGCACGGUGCACCUCCUCCCGCAGUCUAUCACGCACGGCGCGGCAUUCACUCCCUCCCUCCUGCCCUCGAGGACAUCCACGCCGCGGCAGGCCCCGGACCUGAGAGAUGGGGGCGCAGCUGGUGCCCCGCUCCGGGGCCCCGAGUGCCAAGGGCGGCUGGCAGUUUUUUGGUACAGCCAUGAAGGGACUAGUGGCUCUGUUCUUUGUUGCCCUGCUGGGCACCGGGUCUUCAGAAGUGCUUGAGGGCUGCUUCGACCCCCCUGGCGAUGGACCUCUGGCUAAUCUCAUUGUGGAUGGCCUGGAGGCAGCUCGGCCCAUCAUGAGCGAGGGCAUGCCCGGGCUUGGCAUCCCUCCCCUGGAUCCUUUCGGCCCCAUCCCGCUGAUUAACUUCCACAUCGACCUCCCAAAACUCAGGAUGGACGGCUUUGUGAACAAUACCUUGGUGAAGAACCUCGCCCAGUACAUCAUCUGCUCGGUCAACAUUUCCGUCGGCAUCACGCAGAAGUUCGCCUUUGAGUUCCGCCUUGAUAACUUCCACAUAGAGGGGGAGUACGACGUGGAUGGUCUCGUUUCCUCCCUCUUCCCGGUCUUUGGCAGCGGAGACUACAGGUUGGACACGUACGCCGCAGGCUUCAGCGGGGGUGCCAAGGUCUCCUAUAACGUCCUGACAGACCACGCCUCCAUCAAGGACCUUACUUUUGAUAUCUCCUUCAAAACCCUUGAGCUUGAACUGGAGUGUAUCCUGGGCUGUGGCGAAAUGUCAGACCUUAUCAACUCCGUGGCUAGUGACAUUGCCCCAGCUAUUUUCGACGCAGUGUGGGGCGUACUCCAGCCCGCCCUCGCCCAUGCACUGGAGACCGCCAUCAACGAAAUCCUCAAGGACAUCAACAUUUCGGAUAUCAUUACUGGAGGGGGAAAAUGAAUGGCACAGGAGGAAGAGAAGGGAAAGGGGGUGGUACAGGUGGAGGGGUGAAGACAGAACGAAGAGAAAGAAGAGAUGGAGGCAGAGGAGAAGGAACAUGAAAUAUCUCAUACAACUUCUUCCUUGACAAUUCUUCUUUCUUUUUCUCCUUUUUUCUUCUCUCCGUCCCACUCUUUCUUUUUAAAUGUACUACUUAAGCUGCUGCUGCCACCACCACCACUACUGCUACUACCACCGGUACUACAUCUGUUUCUCCUACUAUGCUACUUCUAUCACUGCUACUUUUACUACUACUACUACUACUACUACUACUACUACUACUACUACUACUACUACUACUACUACUACUACUACUACUACUACUACUGCUACUACUACCGUUACUACUUCUGUUUCUCCUACUAUGCCACUUCUAUCACUGCUACUUUUACUACUACUACUACUACUACUACUACUACUACUACUACUACUACUGUGCUACUCCUACUACAACUACUACAUCUAUCACCCCUUCCUUUCCUCCUCCUUUUCUGUUCUUUAUUUUAUUUAUUUUUUAAAUUCAACACCAUGCAUUUCAUUUUUUUCACAUAUACCAAAUCAAUUUCUUUAUGAAAAUAAAACAUGAAUACACGCAUUUUACCUUCCAAAUCACCUAGGCUGUUUGCUAUCCCCCCUCUGUAUUAGACAAUGAAUAAAGGAAUCCAUCAGA